AUGGGAAUUCUAAAGCACAUAGAACCAUGGGUUCUACAGGACAACAUGAUUCUCCUGGAAGGGUUAUUAAAGGUAAAAAGAUGCCCGAGAGAAUGGGUGGGAAGCAAAGAAUCCAGCAAGAAAUUUGAUGUGGGUGAAAGGCCAGGUCCCAGGAGCUACAGGGAACUUUGUUCUUAUAAAAGAUGCAGUCUAUAUCCCGACACAUCUAAACCUCCUUUCCUAACUUACUUUGUGCCAGAAGAUGAAAAUACAGAUGAUAUGAAGCCUUUGAUUGCUGAUCUUGGGGAUGUGGAUCCAUUUCUGAUUACUGAUUAA